UGUACCGUCGCGUAACUAAAAAUGAAUUAUUUUGUAUAAAGAUUGAUUGUGGGAAUUAAACCAGGAUUCAUAGAAAAUGUCCACAACGUAACGUGCUUGUUGUUGUUUAUGUGGUAAAAUAUUGACUAGGUGAAGAAUAGUUUCGUUGUAAACAGUACACAAAUCAUCAUCAAAAAUGGAUGUUGUCGGCAGCGAGAUCGGGCAGAAGAUGCGAUCUGCUAUCAAAGCCAAACUGACGGAGUUGGGUUGCUAUGUUGAUGAUGAGCUCCCUGACUAUGUGAUGGUAAUGGUCGCUAAUAAAAGGACACGGUCGCAGAUGGAGGAUGACUUGCAGCUGUUCCUCGGUGACAAUACGGAGCUGUUUGUUAACUGGCUACAUCAGGUGCUGAAGAAACUCCAAGAGGUCACUGUAGCACCUGUCAAACCAGAGGAAAAGUCCAAGAAAGAAAGUAAAGUAAAGGACAAAAAGGAAAAAUCCAAAAAGGGUGAUGCAAAAAAAGCAAAAAAGAAAGAGAAAGAAAAGGCUCGAAAGAAAUUGGAAAAGAAAACUCAUAAAAGUAAAAAGAAGUCAAAGCAUCAGGAAAUUCUUAGACCAAAUAUACCACCAUUGCUAAUGAAUAUGGAGAAACCUGAACCAUCCAUCACAGAUGUCUUCGCUGGACAGAUUCUGAAGAACCAUGGUGUUACGCUUGAACCAUUUGAAGACACAUCCAAACUAGAUGUUAAGAUAAGGACUGAAGAUGUUAAAAGACCAAUAGUUCCUAUAAUUGACCCAGCAACAAUUCCUUCACAGUCAGAAGUAGCAGUUGACAGUCAGAAUACAGCCAUACCUCCAAAUAGAGAGGAACAGCUUAAAGAAAUAGACGCAAUAGAAGCUAAGAUGCAGGGACUAAAGCAAAAACUAGUUGAACAAUUAGACUCAAUGUCGGAUGAUGAAGACUUUUUAAAUAUAAGAACAGAGGCAGAGGAGCUAAUGAAUGACUUUGCAGAAGAUGUUUUUCAGGAAAUCUCUCAACCCCCUCCUGCCACACCUCCUAUCCUCCCCAAACCCACACCAGCUCCAGUAAAAACUCUCGUGGUCCAACCACAAAAACCCCAAGAAACCAUUACCCCGGAGAUGCUACCACAAAUUGAACUGAAUCUGCCAAAAAGACCCAUACGAGAAAGGCUAGGUGCCCGAGAACCAACAAAAGCGCCAGAAAAAGAAAAACCCACCAAAGUUGUUGAGAGUCCAGAAAGAUUGACUCCUGAAAAGGAACCAGAGUUUCGACCGAGUAAGUCGGCUAGGAGCCGGCUCGGCAGUCAUGUUGAACCGCCACGGAAAACUUCAGUUUCAGAUGAGAGUGAUAAGAGUGAACCCAAAAAACUCACCUCAAAAGUAUCGGUGUCGUUGCCGCGCGGCCGCAGCUGUGCGUCCGUAGUGCGUGUGCGGCCGCGACCGCGCGUCGCGCCCGCCAACAGCCUGCUGCUGCGAGCCGUCGCCGACGCACACAAGAGCCUGCUGAAUAUACCACCAAAAGUUGAGCCUGAGCCGCAAACGGUGAAACGUGCUUUGGUGCUGCCUAUGCGGCGGUGCGUGGACCCCCAGAAGAUAGUCAUACAGGUUCCCAGCGAUGCCGACGGUCGCGGCGACAGUCGCAGCGACAGUCGCGGCGACAGUCGCGGCGAUAGCCACGGCGAUACCAUCAGUCUCGGCGACCCGGAUAGCGACUCCGAGAUUAGUUCCAAACUAGCGAGUGACAUCACAGAGCGAGACAAGCCACUACGGUCCAUCACCAAAGUUAUAACAAACACGGAGUACGUGCCCAGCAAGAUACAGCAUGAUGAUGAUGUUAUUGAGACUAUAAAUAUUCAUAAUACGACAGUAGACAAAAGCAAAGACACACAAUUCAUAGUAACGAUGGACGGAUACCAUCCAAACACAUUCCUAGCCAAAAAACUCAUGACGGAAGGACUCCUAGAUGAAGAUGAUGAUGAACCUAAACAAAAGAAAGAGAGCAAAGAAAAAGACGGUAAGAAAGAUAAGGAGAGUAAAAGAGAUAAGGAAAGUAGAAAAGAAAAUGAGAAUAAAGUAGAAAAUGAGGUGGGAAAAGAUGAAGAAUUAGCCAAAGAGAAAGAUGAUGCUAAAGAAAAUAAAAAUGAACCAAUAGGUACUCAGAAACGAUUAAGCGACACAAGCGAAGAUAGUGCAACUCAGGUUAUAAUUAAUCAAGACAAACAGAAUUUUGCGGAGAAAAGGAAAAGCGUGGAAGUAAACAAGGAUGAAUUAAAAGUGGAAGAUGCAACUCCGCCGCAGAAGAAAAGAAAAGCGUCGCCGAUUGUAUUUGAUGUUGAUAAGAAGGAGAAGAGAGAUAAAGAAGAGAAAGGGAAAGAGAAGAAAGAUGAGACAGCUAGUGUUAGAGAAAGGACGAUAAGUGCCAGCAGUGACAGUCAUGUUGUGCUCACGACUCCGCCCAACCCACACAAAUAUGAUGCCAUACCGCCGCUGUCAGCAGCCACAGUGGCCCCCGAAAAGCCAUGGUGCCGAGCGUUCCCGUUGUGUCGGUUCGGUGCAGCGUGCGCGUUCGCCCACCCGCGCUGCAAGUUCGCUGCGGCCUGCACGCGCCGCGCCUGCCCGUACUCGCACGCGCCGCACGCCCCGCCCCUCGCGCAACCCCCGCCCCCGCAGAUAGCGUCCCACGUGGUCCCCGCAGCUAACUACAAGUCCAUAUCUACAGUGCCCAACCUGUGCAAGUUCUACCCGGGGUGCGCGAACCCCGCCUGCCACUACUACCACCCCAAGCCGUGCCGCUACGGCAAAGCGUGCGUCAACAAACUCGAGUGUAACUUCUACCAUCACGACGUCACGUGGAAGUAAUAAAGUGUAUUCUAGUG